CUGGAAUUCCAAUGUAAAGUAAAGACAUUCAGUUAUGUAAAAGAUGGGCUACCUGUACACCAUAAAUGCCAUCAUCCAUCCACCUGUCGUCCAUUGAUUUCAAUCGGUUGACCGGUCAGUCAAUCAAGACCAACCAAACAGACAAACAAUCAACCAGUCAGUCAAUCAACCAAAACCAACCAACCACAAAACCAAGGACCGACAUAAUCAUUGAAGGAAACCCAACCCGCAAACAACAACAAUACCAACAACCCAGGAUGGUGAUAGAGCCGAGAGAGGAACUGAUAGAAAAAAAAAAAGAGAUAAACCAAACUCCAAUCCCAGUGUCAAUGUCAAUGAUAAGAAGACCUUCUUCGCCCCCGAGUGCUUUACAAAACCAAAUGACCAUGCGUGUAUGUCUGUUUCUUGCACGAAACGCUAAACGCCGCCCCCAGGGGGUGUGAUAAAGGAAUCUUCUAAGACAGGAUGUGAGGAAUGGAAUAGAAUAUGGACUGAGGAAUGGAGGGAAAUUCUGAAAUCACAGUUGAGGG